UCUCACCUACCUGUGGCAAAGUCCGAAAUGAACCACACUUGGACAUACAACCUGAGCUUUGAUGCUCCUACAGAUCUUGUAGAGCCAAGGGCUGGACUCUCAAGAAAUGGGCACACAAUAGUGGCUGUUUUUCUUGGACUUAUCUUGUUUUUUGGUUUCUUGAAUAACUUGAUUGUCCUCAUCCUCUUCUGCAAGUUUAAAACACUCCGUAACCCAGUCAACAUGCUCCUCCUGAACAUCAGUAUCAGUGACAUGUUAGUGUGCAUCUCAGGCACUACCCUCAGUUUUGCAUCUAACAUCCAUGGCAAAUGGAUUGGAGGGGAGCAUGGUUGUAGGUGGUAUGGAUUUGUCAAUUCCUGUUUUGGCAUUGUGUCCCUGAUCUCUCUGGCUGUCCUGUCCUAUGAACGCUAUAGCACCCUCACCCUCUGUAACAAGCGCAGUGCUGACUACCGGAAGGCACUGCUGGCGGUUGGAGGUUCAUGGAUUUAUUCCUUGGUCUGGACAGUGCCGCCUCUGAUCGGAUGGAGCAGUUACGGGAUAGAAGGUGCAGGUACCAGCUGUUCGGUGCGCUGGUCCUCUGAGUCAGCUGAGUCCACAUCCUAUAUCAUCUGUCUUUUCAUAUUCUGCCUGGUCAUCCCUGUAAUGGUCAUGAUGUACUGCUAUGGUCGCCUCCUUUAUGCUGUCAAACAGGUUGGAAAAAUCCACAAGAACACUGCCCGCAAAAGAGAAUACCACGUACUGUUCAUGGUGAUCACUACAGUUAUCUGUUAUCUCGUGUGUUGGAUUCCCUAUGGGGUUAUAGCACUACUUGCAACAUUUGGUAAGCCAGGUGUGGUGACUCCAGUUGCAAGCAUCAUACCUUCCAUCUUAGCAAAAAGCAGCACUGUUUGCAAUCCCAUUAUCUACAUACUUAUGAAUAAGCAGUUUUACAAAUGCUUUCGUCUACUUUUCCACUGUCAACAUCCUUCCUCCACUGAUGGAGAGCCCACCUGCCACUCUAAGGUAACUGUUAUCCAGCUGAAUCAGAGAACAGACGGUGGAAGGGUGUGCAAUAAUGAACCACGUCCAGAAAGAGACAACAAAAUGACUUCUCUCCUGCACCUAGAACCAAGCCUGGAGCCAGUUUCAAAAGUUUCACCGAAGUCAUAGAAAAAUCAUCUCUGAUGGAAAGUACAAGCCUUAACCAGAGUAUGUUUCACUCCACUGCCACACUAACCCAGCUAAUCUUAAAAUUACUAAAGAAAAGUGUCAUUUGUGGGAUAGGAAAAAUGUCAAGAACAAAAACUGGGACUCUGUUAUAAUUUUCUUAAUAACAAUAUAGAUGGUCACAUCACUGCAGGAAGAGUUCAAAAUAAUGACAAAAUUUUCAGCAAUUUGACUUUCCUGUAAAUUAGUUAAUGAAGCACUUAGAAGUGGUAAAGUUUUAGUUCUCAGUGAUCUGUGUAUCAAUGCUCUCCCGAAUCAACCUAAAAAGACGUGCUGGCCUACCUAGGUUAGCUCUUUGCUUUUUCUGCAUCAUUCCAUGCAGCCCAUUUCAUGGGAUUUCAGAUUAGGUUACUCAGAUAACCAAAAUUUCCAACAGUCCAUUCAAAAUUUUUGCUCAUACGGGAUAAUGAUGUUUUGAGGGACAAAACAGUGACUCCAAGGGCUAGUUUCUGAGGGGUAACAGCUAAUUUACAGCACAUUUUUGUAUUUAAGUCUAGAGUCAACAAACUAGAAGAUGAGCUAAGACAAUGAGUAGAGGCUACCAUAUACAGAGGUGUCUCUGUACUACAGAGGUUUAUCUGUCCUGGUGGAAACGCGAGCCAUCCUGAGUCUUCCAGAGCUGGUGCACAAGUCAAAUGCUGAAAACCUGCUUUGGGGAAGAGCAGUGGUCAGCGCCAGACUUUUUAACCUUUAGCACCUCUAACACUACAGCCAAAGGGAUCAAUGGUGUGGUACAACCAGUGCUCUCGUCUUAACAACCUAUGGGUGAGAUCCCAAGGCAUGCAAGCUAACGCACUUGAUCUAAAUGAACCAAAGGAAGUAGGCCCUUCUCCUUAGCUGCUACAGCCCCCAGAUUCUCUUUUGGAGUUACCUGCUCCCACUGUUGUAGAAGCAUCAGUUUAGACCAUGAGGACAUUACACCAGUAUCAAGAUGUAUCCAGUUUUACUCUGUUCACUUUCUAAUGCCAUGUCUGGCUUGUUCUUCUGAAGGUUUCAAAUUCCAGCCCUUGUUUUUUUCAGUACCACUCUUUAACUUGGUUUCUCUCUCUGCUUGGUAUUAACAACAUUGCAGUGAGUUACUGGCAUCUAUAUCCAGCAGGUAUAGGUGUGCCAACCUGUCCAUAUUUUCAUCUACCUCACAACUCAGUUUCCUCAUUUCAUUCUCUUCUCUGGUUACCUUCAAUGAUCUUAUACUCUUCAAAUUAGCUACAACUUCCCAGCACCAUAAUCUUCCAAGUAUUUUUUACGUUAUGUUUGAAAUUCUACAUUUUAGAUGUGAUUUUGAAGAUAGAAGAAGUACACGCCUGCCUGCUUGCUGACUUGAUCUGGCUUAUGUUACCAUGUUUUGCUUGUCAGUCUGCUCUGCAAAGUACUACCUCACUUCCCAUUUCUUAUCCCAUUUAUUAUCUUUACACGUCUUUGUUUUAGUGCUUCCUUGGUUCUUCCUCUGCAGCUGAAUCUCUUUGUAUCUCCUCCUACAUGCAUUAAACUUGGUUUCCAAGUGUCCUUUGUUUACUUCCUUUCCUUGUGUUGCCCACAGAGUACAUACCUAUCUACUUGUCUCUUUCAUUUGUGUAUUUUUCACAUCAAUGCCCAAUGCAAUACCAUCUACAAGUUUGUUGCAUAUCUCACCAUUCCUCCUUGAUUAUCAGCAUCAGUAUGAAUGGAAAACAAGUUGUCUGUCAACCUGUAGGGUGAAGAAUUUCCAUAUGACACACUUCAAGAAUUGUCUUUGCUCAAAGUCCUUAAGCUAGUUUUCCAUCAAUGUACAAUUACUAUAUAUAAAACAGCACAGACUGGUUUACUCGGGACUUAAGGAGGCAUUAAUGAACUGGGUGAAACAGUUAUCUCAACAACUUACAGUGUGGCCAGAAUUAAACUCACUAAGAUGUACAUGCCCGUUUCUGAGCUAGCUGGUCUUGAGCACUCUUUACAGACAAUGCUAGAGACAAGCAUUUCUAGGGCACAAUCCAUCUGAAUUAUUUUAGAUAUCUACUUUAGGAUGGGAUGAAUUGUUCCCUGAAAGUGUUGUUGUUCUCUCUCCAGUGACUAGGCAGAAACUGAAAUAAAGUCUUUCUCUUGAUAUCAAGCACCUUCCCCUCCCCACUUCUGGAUCAGAAGCUUUUGUAGUUUUGACAAAAAUAACGAAAUUGCCUUUUUAAGGAAAACCGUGUAAAGAAAUGAAAACAAAAGGUGUGAUUCAUCUAACCAAAUUUGCCUAUUGGUACAGACACCUACAUCUGAGAUAGUUAUCACAGGCUCCUUUACUGCCAGUGAAAGAAGGCGGGUACUCUUAGGAAGCAGUACAUGUCUACUCAUCCUAGAGUAGGCAUUUAAAAAUGGAUCAUAUGAAUCAUGCCCAGAAAUUCCUGUUUCUUUCUGUUGACUAUGGGAAAAGAUGUGUGGCAGCACAGAUAACUUGUAUUUCAUGGGUUAUACCUCUGCUAACAGAACAGCCUGAAAAAUUCACCUGUAGAUGGGAGCACAGGUCUGGUAGCCAUAUUUAAGAGAUGCCUACUUUUUGCUUUAAUGAGUCUGAGACUGACUAACACAAACACUGGAGGCAUCUACAGCUAGGUAGUAUGAAUCCUGCUCUCUGACUGACCUAGCUGUGGACAGAAGUCAAUUUUAUGUGCAAGGACCAAGCUAAAGGAAGAUGGCUUUUUUACAACCGUAAGGAUUAAGAUAUGGGAAUAGGAGUGGAAGCACUGAAUUACAGAGAAGUACUCCUUAGAGUGAAUGCCAAGGAAAGUUCAUGGCGAAGUCUGCCUUUUAUCAGUGGGCCUUAAAUAAGAUCAGUAAAAUCUAGAUUAAAUAGAUUCAUCUAAUUAACGUAGUAGUAGCAGUAUUACUAACAUACCCAGGUAAUUUGGCCAAGAACCUGUUAAGCUCCAUUACAGCAGUAUUAUUAACAUACCCAGGUAAUUUGCUCAAGAACCUGUUAAGCUCCAGUACAAAGAGCAGAAAUAUUGUCAAUCUGAGUGAUGACACUGCCAUGACAUCUGUAGAGGGGUCUGGAGGGAACUGUGGGGUAGUUCAGAGGAGAAGGGAUCUCCGAAACUCAUUGGGUCCAAUCCCCCUGUCAGAGCAGGGACAAAUUUGAAGUUAGAGCAGGUUGUUUACAGUCUCACCCAGUUUGAUACUGAGUCCCUCUAAGGAUGGAGAAGCUAGAAUAUUUUCAAGUUUGCUGAAGCUUGCAAAAAUAAUAUCGUAGGCAUGACCGUGGAACCAGCAAGCAGGCAGGAAAAUGACUUCUAGGUCUCUUCCAAGUCUGAUGAUUAUGCUUUAAAAUUUCGAGAUCUUAAUCAAAAUUUCAUAGAAGAGAUCUUAAUUAUCUAAUCAAAAUUUCAUAGAAAAGAAAAGGUCAUCUAUCUGGCAUGAUUUUAGCUUUGGCAGACAUGAUUGGUGCUACCAUAUAUUCAAAAUUGUAGCUGAAGAUAUUUCUCUAUUGAAUAGAAUAUUCUGCAUUCUAGUCUAUGGUAAUAUCCUUGCCGGAUUUUCCAUCUUUCAAAAAUCCUUGCCAUGUAUUGAAUAUAUAAAUAUUGUGUAUUAAUAUUUCAAAAUGCUCAGAAAGAUGUGUUACUUUUUCCCUAUUCAGCAAACAUCUAUGGUGUUAGGAAGUUUGGGAUAUGGUUUAAAUUCAGUCCAGUUGGCACAAAUAAAUUUUUGGAUUUUUAAAAUCUGUGCUGAAAACAUUUAAACCAGAAUUAAAUUAAGAUUAAACUCAUUGCAUGGAUGGCUUACACAAAUGAACAUAUAUUAUGGAUUCUAAUUGAAAGGAGAAAAUGUUUCUUAAUUUGUUCUUGAAAAUUUUAAUGACUUGAGAGGUUUUCAAUUUCCAACAUGGAUCUUUUAUACAGUACAACUAGGUUUUGUGGUUAGCACGCUAACUUAUAAAGAAUGUUCUCUAACUUAUAUGUAAAUAAAAUAAAGCUCAAUAUACCUGAAUACAACAGAUGCUGUACAAAAACAUCUAAAAUAAUGAGUGUAAUUCAAGCAUUCAGCAAUAAUUCAGUAUCACUUUAACAAAAUGUAAGAGAAACUGAAAACAUUUAAAUCUACAUAAUCUGAUUAUUACACUCGUAAUGUGUCUCAUUUCACACACACCACAAAUAUAGUUAUGGAGGAGAAUUUAGCUAGAUGCACCAAUAAGUCUAUAUUUGAUAAAGCAUAUACUUCAAGGCAUUACAAAUAAACAUAAAGCAUUUAGAAAGUAUAGUUUUCUGUAUGUUAGACUACUUCUAUAGUGUCUAUUUGUCUAGUCUUGAGUAAACAAAAUCAGCUUGUUGGAUUUCAGAUACCACAGGAAAAUUUGUUAUUCCUUGAUACUGGGCCAAAUGUGCCUCAGUUCUGCUUUGGAACAUGUAGAAAAAGUAGCUUUCACUUUUAAAAAUAGUGCGUUUCCUAAAAGGGUUUUUUUUACAUCUGUUUAUUUCAUGAACUACGAUAAAUAUUAACUGCAACAGAGCCUAAAUUUACAGAAAAACAAUAUUUAUUAAGGAAUUUAAUUGUCACCAAAUAGACCUAUGCCUAAACUUAACAAAUUGUGUAACACUUGUCAUCUCAUCUUUGAUGUAUAGACACUAGCAUUAUAUACUAGACGUAGAAAAUGACAUUUAUCAUUUAAUGUGGAAUGCAAAAAUCUGUACAUUAAUCACAAUAAUAUACACUAUAAUGAGCAUAGGAAAAGGCUGACUAGUAAUAGCAUAUACAUUUAAACGUAUUAUUCAAAUUUGGGUGAUGUGGAAGAAUAUUACAGACUUUUUAAUGCAAUUUGGAGUGCUUUGAGAGAAAAUUUUGCUCCUUUAUCUCUGUAUUUCAGGAAGUAGGAGAUGCUUAAAUUUUGUAGUGUUUUGUAUUUAAAUUAAAAUAAUUUAAAGCUUAUGUAUUGGAAGUAUUAUUUAUUUGCUUGAAAAUACUUGAACAAAAGUGAGCUGAAAAAGACUAAGCACCAUUCUGUUCCUUAACAAACUGCUGGCAAACAGCUGAGCAACUGACAGUAAUAAAGGCAACUCUUAUUAAGUUAAAUUGUUUCCUUCAGUUUAUGUGAGAAUAUUUUGUCUAAGCAUAGCUGAAGAUCAGCCGUGUUCUUCUAUUCAACAUGCUCUCUGAAGCCAUUUUAAAUUUAAGUUCUUAGUCACACAAUGAUCUGCUAACGUUCCAAUGUAGUCUUCUUGUACUAUUGUCUCAAUGCGUGCAAACAGAUUAAAAUGAUGUUAUCAACUAUUAAUGAUGCAUAACUGUUUUAAAUCUGUAACAUCAAAUCUAAAGCCCCAAACAAGCCUUUCUUUCUUCAAAUUAAUCUAGGCUUAUGUAUUAUUUUGUGUUUAGUUGUCCAUAAGUUAGGCUAAAAGCUACAUUGCAAAGAAAAGAUCACCACCUACACAGACAACAAAAAGUGUAGAAACCUACACAGAGCAUGUUCUGAUUUGGGAGGAAAAAAUAAAAUGAAAUAAAUACAGUCAGAGCUUUCAAUUAGCUUUUCAAAAAGACAAAAGCUGUUGGCAAAAAGUUAUGGUUAUACAAAUGUGAAUUUGAAGGAAAAUCACCUCAGAAGAAGUAGCUUA